AUGGCUCAUUGGGGGCAACAGGGGGAAAUGACGGAGUACAAGAAGAGUCUGAUCAAACGAGACCUGGAGAUGGGCGUCGUCAUGACGGUGUUCCGGCAGAAGGCGGAGCGGCUCACCGUGCAGGUCAUCAUGGAGACACGGCAGGUGGCGUGGACACGCACCGCAGACAAGACUGAUGGAGUCUUGGACCUGUUUGAGAUCAGAGAGAUUCGUCCGGGGAGAAACUCCAAGGAUUUCGACCGCUUCAAAGAUGGGAAGGAUAAGCAUAAUGAAAACACCUGCUUCACAAUCUUCUAUGGCUCCCAGUUUGUCCUAAAUACCUUGAGCCUUGGAGCUGACUCCAUGGAUGACGCAGAGAAAUGGCUCACAGGACUGGAAUUGCUAAGGCAAGAGACACUGAUGGCCCCCACUCCUGAUAUAACUGAGAGUUGGCUGAGGAAGCAGAUGUACUCUGUCAGCCAGACCAAAAAGAACAGCAUCACCUUGAAGGAGCUGAAGUCCCUCCUCCCACAGCUCAACUACAAAGUGCCCAGCACGCGCUCGCUCAGGGAUAAGUUUGCGGACGUGGGAGCAAAGAAAGACCAUCUGGACUUUGAACAGUUUCAUAAAUUGUACAAUCUUUUAAUGUUUGAACAGAAAGAUAUCCUUGAGGAGUUCAAAAAGGAAUCGUGUGCUUUUAUCAUGGGAAGCACAGAUAAGCCUGAUGCCUCAGUGGUCCUUCUACAUGACUUCCAGCGGUUUCUCCUCUACCAGCAGAAGGAGUCUUGGGCCAGUGAUCUGAACCUUGUCAGAGAGCUGAUGACUACUUUCAUUGACGACACCAUGAGAAAAACCAAUGACCCUGAGUUCACUAUUAGUGAGUUUUUGAGUUUCCUGUUUUCAAAAGAGAACUCUAUCUGGGAUGAAAAGUUCUCAGAGAUCAGAACUCUGGACAUGAACAAUCCUCUGUCUCACUACUGGAUCAACUCCUCUCACAACACGUACCUGACAGGUGACCAGCUUCGUAGUGAAUCUUCAACAGAGGCCUACGUUCGAUGUCUGCGCCUGGGUUGCCGCUGUGUUGAGCUGGACUGCUGGGAGGGGCCUGGGGAGCCAAUCAUCUACCACGGCUGGACCAGGACGACCAAGAUCAAGUUUGAAGACGUGGUCAAAGCCAUCAAUGACCAUGCCUUUGUCUCCUCAGAAUACCCAUUGAUUCUCUCCAUUGAGGAGCAUUGUCCCCUUGAGCAGCAGCGUCAGAUGGCUCGUAUUUUCAGAGACGUGUUUGGAGACAAACUGCUAACAGAACCUGUGGAGCAGAUGGCUGAGCAGUUACCUACUCCCACACAGCUCAAGGGCAAGAUCAUACUCAAGCACAAGAAGUUGAAUGUGGAGGGAGGAGUAAGCACCAAGGACUUCAGGAAGGGGCAGAAACAGGGAGACCUGGAGAUCUGGGACCCAGUUGACCAGAGGUGGAACAAGCACUACUGCGUGAUCUCAGAUGAUAAGCUGUACUAUGCAGAAGAGUACGAGGAGGAGGAGGAAGAUCCCAGGAAGUACCAAGAUCUCCACAUUUCAGAGCCCUGGUUUCAUGGUCGUGUGCGGGAGGGCAGGCAGAUGGCUGAGAGACUACUGCAGGAGUUUUGUGCUGAGUCGGGGGGCAGAGAUGGUACCUUCUUGGUCAGAGAGAGUUACACUUACCUCACAGACUUCACUCUCUCCUUCUGGCGCAGCGGGAGGGUACAGCACUGUCGUAUUCGCUCUGGUUCAGAGGAAGGCUACACUUAUUACUUCCUGACACCCAACCUCCACUUCCCCAGCUUAUAUGCUUUGAUCCAGCACUAUCGCAGCAACCCUCUACGUUCCCACGACUUCGAGCUACGCCUGACUGAUGCUGUGCCAAAGGCUGACCCACACCUACAAGAGGGGUGGUUCUACAGUAACCUGAGCAGAGGGCAGGCAGAAGACUACCUGUUGAGGAUUCCCAGAGACGGAGCGUUUCUAAUCAGACAGCGAGAGGGAGAGCCAGACUCCUAUGCCAUCACAUUCAGAGGUGAUGGUAAGGUGAAGCACUGCCGCAUUGAGAGGGAGGGCAACAUGUUCCUCCUCGGCACUACCACAGAGUUUGAGAGCCUGGUGGAGUUGGUCAACUACUUCAGAAAGAAGCCACUGUAUCGUAAAAUUAAACUACGUUACCCAGUCACCCCUGAGCUGGUGGAACGCUUCAGCAAGGAGAGAGGCUGUGCCUCCCUGUAUGACAUCAAGACCUACGUGGAACCCAAUGAAAUUGAGCCAUCAUUGCCUCAAAGCACUGUUAAAGCCUUGUACGGCUAUCAAGCAACACGGCCCGAUGAGCUGACCUUCUGCAAGGGUGCUUUGAUACACAAUGUUUCAAAGGAGAAUGAUGGAUGGUGGAAAGGGGACUAUAGUGGUAAGCUGCAACUGUUCUUCCCGGCCAACUAUGUGGAGGAAGUGUCAAGCAAUACCAAGCCUGAGGCCAAGGAUAAGGACAUGGAAGACAACCCUUUGGGUGAGCUUUGUAAGGGCAUUGUUGACAUCUCCCAGUGUUGCAUCCAAAAAAUGAAGAAUGGCAAGAAUGGGAAGCUCCAUGUGCUGACCCUGCAGGAGAAAGAGGGUGACAGUCUGCAGUUUGAUCUGGCAGCUGACUCUCUGGAGGAGCUGUUUGAAUGGUACCAGGUGGCGUGGGACAUCACCCAGAGGGAGAUAAAUAAGCAGUACAAAAGGAAACAAGAGAUGAAGCAGCAAGAAGAAGUGGAAAAGCGAAGUGAGGUUGCCAUGGAGAUGUCGGACCUGGUCAUCUACUGUCAACCUCGCAGCAAGGAGAAGGACCGCUUUGACAGCUACAACUACAAAGAGAUCCGCUCCUUUGUGGAGAACAAGACGCCGGGAAAGAGCCGGAUGCAGGACUUCUUGAAGUACAAUCGCAAGGCUCUGAGUCGGAUCUACCCUAAAGGCCAGCGUGUAGAGUCCUCGAACUAUGACCCUUACCCUCUGUGGGCUGUUGGUAGUCACAUGGUCGCACUCAACUUCCAGACCGCAGAUAAAUAUACCCAGCUAAACAGCGCCCUAUUUAGUCUGAAUGGACAAACGGGUUAUGUCCUGCAGCCAGAGAUGAUGCGCUGCCAUAGCUAUGACCCCCAGCAGGAAAAGAGGAAGGUCAAGUACAACAUUGUCAUCAGGGUGAUUGCUGCCAGGCACCUUCCUAAACCCGGCCGCAGCAUUGCCAGUCCCUUUGUAGAGAUUGAGCUUUGUGGACACAUGGAAGACAGCAAGUUCAAGACAAUUGUUUUCCGCGAUAAUGGUCUGAACCCUGUGUGGAAGGCCCCAGCAGAGCCGGUAAUCUUCACAGUGUAUGAGCCAGAGCUAACCUUCUUACGCUUUGUGGUCAAUGAGGAGGACAUGUUCUCAGACCCCAACUUCCUGGCACAGGCCAUGUUUCCUGUUAAAGGCAUCCGCUCAGGGUAUCGUUCUGUACCUCUGAAAAAUGGCUACAGCGAAAACUUAGAGCUGGCCUCUCUUUUGGUCUACAUAAAUGUACAGCCAGUGGAGAAAGCAGAGGAAGAGCUGUAUUCGUCUUCCAGUCAGCUGCGUAAGAGGCAGGCAGAGCUUGGCAAUGAAGCCUUCCUGUAUGACACACAUUCAAACACCCAACGCUCCGUCCCACCCCCCAAUCGCAACAACCUAACAAGAGAAUUAAGCACCAGCGAGAAACAGCGGAUGAAAGAGAAGAAAAUAAACAACAGCAAAUUCUAUUCCUGAAGGCUCAACAGAAACAAAC